UGCAACGGAGGACCACCUUUUUGCUCAGGAGGGAGCGACGAGGGUUUGAACCUCGCCGCUCUUGAUUGUGACAGUGGUGAUCCCGCUGGUAGUACGUUUGCGUGUUCGCCUGGAAUUGAAGUCAGUGCUAGCACCCUCUGUGAUGGAAACAGAGAUUGUCCAGGUGGAGAUGAUGAAACUACCACGAUAUGCGAGAACAAGUGUCUUUUACCCUACUAUGGUGGAUGCAACUACACACAAAACUGCCAAACAACUGAGUUUGAUGUUGGAUGCCGAGUUUGUCUACCAGGGUUUGUCGAUAAUCCACUGUUUGGCAUUAGCAUGCCCAACGAACGCCCCUGUUUACUUGAAAUUGGACUCGAGAGGACAACAUACAUUGGGAGCGAAACAACGAGAGUGACAGAACAAAUAUGCGCUGUUCUUUUUGUGGACCCAGCUGACUUUGUUAAUGGAAUCAAUGGGGUCUUUGAAGCUAUUCGGGUAGACUUUGGUCUUGCUAUUACACCAGUGAUCGUUGCUGAGAUAUCAUCUUCUGUUGCAUCCCCAACAAAUGCUGCACAAGCCGUCGAUUUUGAGGUGACUCCAGAUACGGUGACAUUGUCAGCUAGUCAGACAAGAGUCUGCGUCCAAUUCGAUGUGACAGAUGAUGUAGAGGUUGAUCCUAAUGAAGUGUUUAACGUAGCUCUUACU